GUUGAAAGUGCAAUUCAAAUAAAGUGCCAUGCAAAGUUUAGAUAUUUUUUUUAUAAAAAUUCAUAUACUUGUAGUAAUCCUACAAUACUGCCUAGCAAUUCCAUAUGUGUAUUUGACAUCAUCUGUAAUGGAUUGUGCUAGUAAAUAUAACAUGACAGAGGACGAUGUGCUGGAGCUCUCAUUUGAAUCAAUCGAUGAGGCGAUGGAUCGUAAUGCGAAAUGUUUUUGGCUUUGUGUGAUGGAAGAUCUUCGAAUAAUACGUGAUGGACAAUUUUUGUUUGAUGAACUGAAUGACUCAAGUGAUAAGCACAAUGUUUUUAUACAGAAAUUGUUGCCGAAAUGUAAAAAUGCUACAGUAGGAAUUAGUGAUCCUUGUGAAGCAGCUUAUAGAGUAGGUACUUGUUUUCGUACGGGACGGUUACCAAAAUCAGUGAUUUUGGAUAAAAGAAUACCGGAAGAAGAACUAUAAAUUAAUAUAUAGAAAAAUUGAAGAUAUAAAAUGAAAAAAGAAGGUUAAACUAAACAAUAACCGCUUAAACUAAGAAGAAACUACAUAUGGGAUGUAACACCAAAUAUUUUAUUUCAAAUAUCUGUUUUAUUUUUUAAAUAAAA